GAAGAAAUUGUUUUUGAAUUUUGAUGAACGGUAAUUGGUGAGUAAUUCGUUUAUCUAACCGACGGUCGUUGUAUUGUCAAUUAAAAAAAAAUUUAAUAGUGUACCGGUAGUAGGAGUGCAAGUUGUGAAUACAGAUAUCAAAACAGUGGAUAUGGCCACCACAGACAACGAAGAAGUUGAUGAUUACAUGUCCGACGCUUUCCUCAACACUGAGUCUGUAAAAGAUGUCCGACCCGGCCUAUUGCUGACACAUGAACAGCAACGACUUCACAACCAGAUGAAAAAGAAAAAGGAAUGCCAAUUGAUAAACAAGGUUACUGGUGCAAAGGCACUGGAAGAACAGCAGCGUCAAGAGGGGCUAGAGAAGGCCAUUGAUAGUACCAACAAAGGUUUUUCACUGUUACAGAAAAUGGGUUACAAACCUGGAUUGGGAAUUGGAAAAAACAACUGUGGAAUAGUAGAACCUAUUGGUAUUGUGUUAAAAACUGACCGCAAAGGAUUGGGUCGAGAAGCUGCAUUAAAAACAAUUAGAGAAAUGAAAAAAUCAAUAAUACGUAGUAGACGGUCAGCUGAACCCAGUAUAGGCGAAUAUAGAGAAAGAAGGGCUCAAGAAGCUGCUGAAAAGUUAGACCGUUUGGACUUACUUAGAUGUCAACGAGUAUGUCGCCAAAUGGAUUUAGAACAGGAUAUACAAGAACCAUCUGAAAAGUUCUUCUGGCCCGAGGAAGUCUCUGAAGUCAAUACUAAUGAACCAAAGCAAGAAGAAGAUGAAGAAGAUGUUAUACCAAUUAAUGAACAACUGAAAAUUUUAAAUUUUUAUUUAAGGCAUACUUACAAUUAUUGUGUUUACUGUGGAACAGUAUAUGACGAUGAGACUGAUUUAAUGGAAGGAUGUCCUGGUCCCAACAGACAAGAUCAUUAAACUUACAUUCUAUAAAUACAUUAUAAUACACAAUCAAAACAUAGGAACAAAGCCUUAUUAUUUAUUAAAUAUUUUGUACU